AUGGCAUGGGGAGAUGACCCAGUUUACGACGAGAAAAUCGGACAGUACCUGGUUGAAUCGGACAAGCCUACAUCUCAACCCAAUCCCAGUGCGUCGUCGUCUGUCUUGACGCAAUCUUCGGGAGUCAACCUUUUUGUACGAGGCAGGUUACCUACCAAAGAUGCCGAACCCUCGCAAGGUGAAACAUCCCAACGACCACCAAUUACAAUGAUUGGUAUAGCCAAGCGUCCAGCUAAUGAGCCGGGGAAGCAGAAACCGACACAGGAUGGGACAGCGGCAGCUAACAUAUCCCGUCCUCCUACUCCAAUAGCCACUCAACCCGCGCAAAGAUCAUCUGGAAGUAGUAUUGGGAUUACUAGGAGUCGAUCGACUGAACCAAGUAGGGAUCGAUCGACGAAGGAGAGUUCGUCUGUGCCCAUGUUCAAGCCUCCUGGUUCUGGAGAUACGAAUCCCCCGCAAGGCCAGUCAUCGGUACGCCAGCAUGUCAACAGUAAUGGAUAUGGCCGGAGUCGUUCGAGUGAAGCCGAGCAUCGAAACAGGAAUGGCCCGUCAUCUACGUUGCAUGUAUCGAAUUUGCCGCUCUCAGCGACCGAGGACGGGUUGAAACUGAUGUUUGGAAAAGUGGGGAAUGUCGUCGGAUGUAGAGUUAUCAAAGAUCAAGAUGGAGGAUGUCGUGGAACGGCAUUUGUAGAGUACAGCAGUAUUCGCAGUGCUCAAGCCGCCAUUGCCGCCUUAGGAGGGCAGAUCCUCGACCGCCAAACAGUCAAGAUUGAAUUUGCUGUCGAUAUUUCCUCUCGGAAGAGCGAGAAGCAAGCAGAUGCAAAAGAUUCAACUACAACGGUGCCGUCUGGUGACUGUGCACAAGGGAAGGAGGUCCGUCCGCAAGAUGGCAAGCAAGCCGGAGUACAGCACAACAAAGUCGGGGUUGAUGAUAAGAAUGAUUCCGAACCUGUGCAGCAAGCGCCAGCAAAUGGAAAUGAUUCAAAUUCCAAUGAUGUUGUCCAGACUUCCCGCCAAGUAGCCCAUCCGACAUUACAGGCGGGUCUUGGAAUCUCAUUUCAACCGACACCGGCCCUCGCAUCUGAGUCCAAUACCAACGAGCCAUUGGACCGAUGGACCGAACUCAAGAAUCGCAAACGCAAAGAUAAAGUUGACCACAUAUACCGCCCGAAAGGCAAACUAGCCCGCCGCAUCCGCGAUUACGAGCAAAAUCCACCUCUCUAUUUGAGCCCGGAACAAUCCAACCACGAACAACCGGACCUCAUCAUCAACACAUUGGGUGACCGGCAGCAAGGAUGGGGCGGCCAAGCCGACCUCAAUCCUGUGCGUGGAUAUUAUGAUGUCCCCGACCAUUUGAAAGAUAUGGUCCGUUCACCUCCGAAAUCUAGUGUUUUUCAUUUCAUACCACAUUCCGAACCACCCGCAGCACCAGCAUUCCAUUUCACACCACAUUCCGAACCAUUCGCAGCACCAGAAACGUCUAUGCAGCGAGUCCUCUUGUGGAAUGGCACCAAAAAGUCUUUUAGAGUGCCCAGAGAGGAAGAAAUGGAGGAAGGUCAACUCUCGGAAGUCAAGCUGCCUCGAGUAAAGGAAACCGCGAGUAGAGGGGAGCUCAGGUGGACCUUUCCAGUUUGGUGUGGAAAAUUGGUUGUUGGUCGUGAUGGCAAGGACGAGGAAUUGGGAACUACUACGUUUGUUGCGAGGGAUGAUUCCGAGGGAUUGGAUUUGAGCGACCGUAUUUGCGUCACUAGCGAUGAUUCGUAUAUCGUAAAAGUCCAACAGGAGAUGUUGGCUGAUCCCCGAGCUCGAUUCUUUUUGGUUCAAUCUGAUGAUGGAAUGAAUCUCAGCGGAGAGUUUGUCAACGAGGACGGAAUGCUAAAGGUCGGAAGAGCUUCCUCGGGCACCACUCGUCUGUGCCUCAUCCCCAUGCUAGCCUUUGAGCGCUGUCCACCUUCAGUUUCUUGGAAGCAAGCCAACGAUUCAAGCUUCUAUGAGAACCUUCUUGCAGUUUUUCUCGACACCACAUCCAGUCCCAGCAUGCGAUCCGAACAAUGGAAACUUGGUACGGUAAUCGUGUCCAAUGAUUGGGCCAAAAAGUAUGCGGAGGCCGCUGAGAUUGCUGCAAAGAAGCGCAAAGCUUUGGAGCAUGCUCGUCAAAAGGCAACGGCUGAACGAAAUGUGGAGAUUCGCAAUUCAGCACUGAAUCGAGCAGGACAGAAAGCCGGGGAACAGAAAGCAAGUGCCGUUAGGUUCUCUCAUGGGUGGUUACCGUCGACCAGCACUCUACUUCUCCUCGGGUCCGCCAACCUUCCUCCCAUAUCCAACAUCUUCUAUCGUGAUGAGUCCGUGACCGGUGGGAACAUUGUAAAAUUCGUUCCAGUGGAGGGUCAUGUUACUACUUACAGUGAGCUGGCGGCCCUUGAUCGCAAACUCUAUGUCAAGGAAGAAGACGACGGGGACGUGUUCUACGUCCCGUUUCGAAAAUGGGUUGAAGAGCAUACUUCGACUAGAGAUCGUGCAAAAGUCUUACCGUCCUUGGAUGGGGUUGAACAGGUGCAUCAAAAUCCCACCGGUCAGCUAGUGCAGAAUCCCUUCAUACCCUCUGGCAUUCCUUUGCCUCCGACAGGCAUCCCAAUGUUUUCCCACGGACACCAGUUCGUACCGCAACAAUACCCCAAUCAACAACCACCGUACUAUAUGAUGCAGCCCAACCUACAAAUGAUGCCUGGAAUAUUCACGGGUAGGAUCUGUCCACGCGCUUUUUGGACCUGUGUGGUGUUGGGCAUUCUGAUCUUGCCCUUACUCGUCCUCCUCGUUGUUCACUUUGUGAAUUUGAUGCUGAUAUCCACCUCGGUCCUCGUAGGGACCUAUCCACCGCAAGCUUACGCUCCGCCCCCACAAUUCUUUGCACAUCAUCCCUGGGCUCCGCCGUCUCAAAUGGGAGAGGGACCUCCCCAACAGUACCCCCCUCCUGCGGAACCUGCGGAACCCGAGCAGACUCCAGCGGUCAAUAUCCAGGAACAGUUAGCCUUGCUCAAUGAUGAACUCAACAGGAUGAGACAGAAAUUGGACGAAAAAUCAAAGGGACACAAGGGUUAGGAGGCAGGUUGGCUGAGUGAUUGGGAUCGAUACUGAAAGUGAAUUCAAACAAGCCGUCGUUAUUAGUAGGCAUAUUUUGCGCAUUUGGAAGGAACGAACAAUCAUCAGGAGCAAGAUAUGGAAGGGAUUGAAGUUUAUAUUGCUAUAAGC